AUGCUUGCGAUUGUGUUUGCCAUGAACAAGUUUAGGUCCUAUCUUAUUUGCUCCAAAGUGAUUGUGUACACGGAUCACAUAGCGGUUUGCUAUCUUAUGAUAAAGAAGGAAACAAAGCCACGCCUCAUCCGUUGGGUUCUUUCGCUUCAAGAUUUUAAGAUGGAGAUGAGAGAUAAAAAGGGAGCGGACAACUAUGUGGCGGAUCAUUUGUCUAGGCAUCCUUUACAGAAGGAGGAUGUACCAAUCAAUGAAGAAGUAGGAUUUGAAACUCUCAUGGCUAUAGCUUCAACAUCUAGCCCAUGGUAUGCGGAUAUAGCCAACUGUCUUGCUUGCGGGGUCAUUCCCCCGGAGUUUUCUUCUCAACAAAAGAAGAGGUUUUUUAAGGAAGUGAGGAGGUACUUUUGGAAUGACCCCUACAUGUUUAAACAGUGUGGAGAUGGCCUUUACCGAAAAUGUGUUCCGGACUAUGAAAUCAAAGGAGUUCUUGAGCAUUGCCACUCGUUUCCAUGUAGAGGACAUGGGGGAGUUGAUAAGACGGUGGCAAAGAUUUCUCAAUCUCUCCUAUGGUGGCCGAUGAUGCAUAAGAAUGCUCCAAACUUUGUUUCAAGAUGCGAAAAGUGCCAAAGAACGGUCGACUAUGUGACUAAGUGGAUUGAAGCCAUACCCUCCCCUACCAAUGAUCAUAAGGUUGUGCUUAAACUUCGCAAGAGAAUCAUAUUUCCGCGGUUUGGGGUUCCUAGGGUGCUAAUUAGUGAUGGAGGUUCCCAUUUCGCCAAGAAGCAAUUCGAAGCUCUUCUUAAGAGGUAUGGAGUUCAUCACAAAUUUGGUCUACCUUAUCAUCCUCAAACUCAAGGGCAAGUGGAGGUGUCAAAUAGAGAGAUCAAGAACCUUCUUGAAAGGAUGGCUUGUCAUUUGCCGGUUGAGUUUGAGUAUAAAGCUUGGUGGGAAAUCAAGGAGCUUAACAUGGAUAUGUCGUUGGCCGGUGAGAAGAGAUUGCUCAAGCUUAAUGAACUUGAGGAGCUAAGAUAUGAUGCCUAUAAGAACUCAAGGCUAUAUAAGGAGAAAACCAAGAAAUGGCACGACCAACAUAUAAGGAACAAGAGCUUCAAGGUUGGAGACAAGGUGUUGUUGUUCAACUCUAGGCUUCGUUUGUUUCCCGGAUAG